UGCCAUCUCACUCGUCAGGACCACCACCACCAGCAGCAGAGCCGCCCCUUGUCGCAAAUCUAGGGAGCCUCCUCGACGUCACAUGCCCCAAUAACGCCCGUUGUCGCAUCCUUGGAUCGCCCUUUUAUUUUCCUUUCCUCUUCUCUCUUCUCUCCUCUCUAUCUUCGCCGCGCCAUCGUUGCGCUGCCCAUCAUCCUCAGCACCUCCACCGCCUAGCGCAACGGCAUGGCCCUGGACUUGCAAGUGCACCACUCCUCCUUCAUUCCCGCCUUUGCUUCACCCACCUUGGGACCGUAUCGUCGCCAAAGAAUCACGCCUGGCCCUGCCACCACCGCCAGCAGCAGCAGCAGGAGCAGCAGUAGCAAGCCGUAUCAGCAUCUGCGUGCUUCGCCGAUGAGUGGACGAGGGCGAGACGACUCGCCGCCUGCAGCGGUACGACUUCCGUCGAUCUCGUCGCUCCUCGCCGAUACACACGACAGCGAUGGCUCAGGCCCAGGCCCAGCUGCGCCGUCACCGCGGAGAUCACAGCCAUCAGCGAAAGAUCAAGGCGUUGAGGAGCGCCCUUCGUCACCGUCGUACCCAAGACGCUCCCCGUUGCCCAGCUUCCGUGAGCGAGCGCCAUCCUCUCCCAGCGCAUCGGGCCGCCUUCAUGGCUCAGCUGCAAUGCUACCGGGCAUUCGAACGCUUCCCCUUGGCCCUGAUGCUCGUCAACAACCUCAGACUGCUCAUCAUUACCCUGGCCAGCAUCAUCAACCGCCGCAACUUCCGCCGCCCAUGCAGCGCAGCCCCAAUGCUAGCGUCGCACCUACAACGCCGACUGCGAUGGACAGCUCGCGACUUCAACAAACAAGGCAAGAGUGCGAAAGGCUCCUCGACAUCUUCUACCACCUUCGCGCCGAGAAUCGUGCGCGUCGCUUGUUCUCACAAGGCGAUGCCGUCCCCCCUCCCCACCUCUACGAGUACGGCGACUACCGUGCCAUCACCGAAUACAUCGACGUAGAGCUCUCCCUCGUCUCGGCCAAGGAAGGUCCACACGUAGCCCGUCAAGUGGCCGAGUCGUACGGCCUUCAGUUUGCCUAUGGCGACGAGAGAGGCACGGCCAUGGACGGCGAUGCACGAAGCCCUGCAGGAGUCCACCAGCGCUAUCCCUCAUCGACAUCCUCCGGAAGUGGUCAUUACCAAUACGUCGCCUCCCCGCCUGGCGGACAUGGCUACGGCUACGCCCCAGCAUCCUCAUGGCCUCCAGCGGCUGGUGGACACCACUCCCCGCUCGAGAUGCCACAGCACGAGUCGUACCAUUACGGUCACCCGUACUACCCUUCGCCUCCUAGCAGGGACGGUGUGGUCCGGGGCGCGCAGUCCUCCUCCUCCUCGUCCGCAGCAGCAGCUGCAACUGCCUCGCGCCGAUCCAAGGCAAAGCGCCGCGUUACCAAGCGUGAAGGCGAGGCGCCCGCCUGCCUAGGGUGCGGACGCCUCAGUACCGCCGAAUGGCGUCGAGGCCCCACGGGACCGCGGACGCUCUGCAAUGCCUGUGGCCUCCUCUUCGCUAAGAUGACCCGCCUGCGCAAAGGGGACGGACUCGACGGGCAGGACCCGACGCUGGACGAGCUCCAAGCCGCCGUGGGCAACUCGAGCAAGGGGGGAUCUUCCACCACGACGAGCGGCUCAUCCACGGCCACCACGAGCGUCAGCGGGAGCGGUAGCGGUAGCUCCUCCCUCGUCGCGAGUCGUAAGCGCUCCUCCCCUCCCCUCCCGCUCAGCAGACUUCACACGGCCGAAGGAUCAGGCGAAUACUCGACCAGCUCACGCAGCUACGAUUCCUCCUCCGGUCCCGCCUCCUCACGGCCUACACCGCCUACCAGCUCCAACGAGACGAGUCCUCUAUGGUCGCACCGCGUAUCAGGGAGCAGCAGUGGUGGACCGCUCCAUCUGCCUCCUCCGCGCUUCAGCGUCCACUCGGCCGAAGAGGCCGAGGAGCAGCGCAACGCGACCGCGAGUCCUGCUCCGCCCUACUUCCCAAGGAGGUCCACCUACCCACCGUUACACGAGAGGGAGGGACAACGCGCGUCCCCCUCUCCAGCGCCCGUCAGCGGUGCAUCCGGACCGGGACAGCAGCGACCCUACCAGCAUGGCUACCAAGCCCGAGCCCGGCAGAGGGACGAUUCCAACCCGCCCACUACCCCCUCCGGCAGGCCAAGCAGCGCGACUGCCUUGCCCGGUAUCUCGAGCUUCGGCGGUGCUGGUGCCGCUGCCGGUCAGCCACAGCAGGAGCGCUUCUAUCCUCAACCACCACCGAGGCCACUGCCCUCCCAGUAUUCGCGUCAUCCGUACCAGCACCAGCACCAGCAGCAGCACCCGACCUCGCAACGGCUGUAUCAACACCAGCACCUCCACGGCGGUACGGGCUCGCAGCCAUACUCACCCGAUGGGGCGGCGGAGGAGGAAGACGCUAGGAUGUCCCCGCCCUCUUGACGAGAUAAGCGCAGCGUGCUCCCCUCCGGCCAUGUCGUGUCAUAUGGUCGUCGUUUCCUCUGCCUCGUCUUUGUCUCGUAGUCCUCUUUAGUCAGUCAUUGUUCAACAAUACACGAUCCCCACAAUGUACCCCUUCUUCCUCCUCCCCUCCAUGUCUAUCCUCC